AUGUAUAUAUCACAAAAUUAUUUAUGUUUUUAUGCUAAUUUUCUUAAAUGGGAAACACGUUUAUGUUCAAAAUUUCAAGAUAUUAUUAGAAUAACACGAGAAAAAACAGCUAAAGCUAUUCCAAACCCAAUUGAAAUUCGAUCAAAUAAAAAUGAAAAAAAUAUUUUUGCAAGUUUUGCAACACGUGAUAAAUCUUAUGCAAUGAUAUAUCGAAUAUGGCAAACUGUAUUAAUUGAUCAACCAAUAUCUUCUCAACAAUUAAGGAAUAUGAUUCAUCAAUCUUAUGGAAAUGAUUUAGAUACAGGGUUGCCAGAUCUUUCGAAAUGGCAGAAAAAAUUCCGAAUUUUGGCAUUUUUUCCGAAUGCUUUCCGACUUUUCGAAUUUUAA